CUCCUGGCACAGAUCCCAGCUGAGUUUCUCCUAUUGAUUUCGGGACCACAGAUGCUGCUGCGGAGGAGGCAUUUUCUGGCAUCCCUUCCUCUGCUACAGCCAGUAAAGGACCAGCCCCAAACAGGCGGGUGUCAGGAUGGGUCACGCUGGAAGAAACCGACACUAGUGAGCGAGGUGUGAAGAGUUGGCCAGAAUGACCAACUCCUCCUCCACGUCCACCUCCUCCACCACGGGGGGCUCUCUGCUGCUGCUGUGCGAGGAAGAGGAGUCGUGGGCGGGCCGACGCAUCCCCGUGUCCCUUCUGUACUCGGGCCUGGCCAUCGGGGGCACGCUGGCCAACGGCAUGGUCAUCUACCUGGUGUCCUCCUUCAGGAAGCUGCAGACCACCAGCAACGCCUUCAUUGUGAACGGCUGCGCCGCUGACCUCAGCGUCUGCGCCCUCUGGAUGCCUCAGGAAGCGGUGCUCGGGCUGCUGCCCGCCGGCUCCGCGGAGCCCCCCGCGGACUGGGACGGCGCGGGGGGCAGCUACCGCUUGCUCCGGGGCGGGCUGCUGGGGCUCGGGCUCACCGUGUCCCUCCUGUCCCAUUGCCUGGUGGCCCUGAACCGCUACCUGCUCAUCACCCGGGCGCCCGCCACCUACCAGGCGCUGUACCAGCGGCGCCACACGGCGGGCAUGCUGGCGCUGUCCUGGGCGCUCGCCCUGGGCCUCGUGCUGCUGCUCCCGCCCUGGGCGCCCCGCCCGGGCGCCGCGCCCCCGCGCGUCCACUACCCGGCGCUGCUGGCCGCCGCGGCGCUGCUGGCACAGACCGCGCUGCUGCUGCACUGCUACCUGGGCAUCGUGCGCCGCGUGCGCGUCAGCGUCAAGCGGGUCAGCGUCCUCAAUUUCCACCUGCUGCACCAGCUGCCCGGCUGCGCCGCCGCUGCAGCGGCCUUCCCGGGCGCCCAGCACGCGCCGGGCCCCGGCGCCCCAGCGCAGGCCCAGCCGCUGCCCCCCGCGCUGCACCCCCGGCGCGCGCAGCGGCGUCUCAGCGGCCUGUCGGUGCUGCUCCUCUGCUGCGUCUUCCUGCUGGCCACGCAGCCGCUGGUGUGGGUGAGCCUGGCCAGCGGCUUCUCGCUGCCCGUGCCCUGGGGCGUGCAGGCGGCCAGCUGGCUCCUGUGCUGCGCCCUGUCCGCGCUCAACCCGCUGCUCUACACGUGGAGGAACGAGGAGUUCCGCCGCUCCGUGCGCUCGGUCCUGCCCGGCGUGGGCGACGCGGCGGCCGCUGCUGUGGCCGCCACGGCCGUGCCCGCCGUGUCCCAGGCGCAGCUGGGCACCCGCGCCGCCGGCCAGCACUGGUGAGCCCGCCCAGGCGCGAGCGGAGCGCAGAGGCUCGGCUGGCAGCGCCCCUGGCCACCACCGCGUCCUGUCCCAGCAAAGCAGCCCCUGCCCGAACAGAGACUCCUGCGGCCACGCUCAAUACAUGGGCGCGAAGAUUUCGCCUUCCACCCCGCUGGGACACCCAAGCGAGGUCCCUCUCUCGCUGGGGUGCGCGGAGACAUCUUCGACAGCCACCUGAUUUCCCCCACUUUGUUUCUGUGUUUGGAGACACCCUACGGUCAAAAUGCCAGAGACUUCAAGAACUUGCAACUUGGCAUUUUAAGAGAACCGGUUCAUUUAUUUCAACCCUGUUUUGGAAACACCUCUUUGAUAACAUUACCAUUCCCACCUUCGUCGUCUUAGAGUAUAUAUGAAGCGCCUUGAGUGUGCAUGAGCCAAAGGAGAUAAUACUGAUGAAGGAGAUAAUAUUUAAGAAGUAUUUUUAGAAAGUAAUCUAUCUUUGAUGAUGCUUCUGUUAUCAUUUAGCCUUUGCGUAUUAACCUGCAAGACUGAAACCACAGAUGUGCACACGAGUAUGAGUUGCCAUUAAGACCUCAAGCCCUUUAUUCUUAAAAGGGUUUUUAUAAAGUAAAAUUAUUCCCAAACGAGAGAGAAUCUUAGCCAGUGAGGGGGGGAAAAACAUAUUAUUUUACACUCCUUUUUGCACUUGUGAGACUGAAAAUUGGCAUUGAGUGUUAAAGUGAAAAAAUUCCAGUUUGCUAAUGGAUGGUUUGAAGGAGGGAUGGAAUUGUGAAGACAAAUAAAGGGGUUAUCUAUUUUAGGUACCAGUUUCAAGUUUUCUGUAGCAUGCACACUUGUUGCUACCCUUAUUUUGUAAUCAAUUUACUUGCCUCAUGAGUGUGAUUGCAGCUUUGAACAUUCUGUACUAUAAUGGUUGCUAAGGAGAAUAAGUCCUUCUGUUUUCUCCUUCACAUUUAAAAUAUCUCAAUGCACAUGAUAUAAUUAAACACUACUACUAUUAGCUGCUAUUGCAUGCUCCUAGAUGCUAGAACUUACUGGGCAUGUGGUAUACUAAAGCAAUACCCAUUAGCCAAGGACAUUUUACUUCUUCCAGACACCAGAAGAAGUGGCCUUCAAUUAUUUGAAAAGAGACACAGGACACCUCUGGCUACGUAGAGUUCUUGUCUUAACCCAAUUUAUGAGAAAACUCCCAGUUGGGACUUUAUCUUGCCAAUGGAACCACAGUCAAGAUGGAAUCAAUGAUUUGGCUCUGCAAAGACAUCUGUGUGCUCUUUUAUGAUUUAGAUAAGCCACACAGUAGAAAGUAACAUGGUUUUAUGUAGUUCAUAUAUAUGAUGACAGUUAAUGAGAAUACCCUGUCUUUAAAGGAGGUAUACUAAGCUCAGUUAUAAUGAAUAGCUCAAAGGGGAUUCUGUUCUAAAAUGUGUAAUUUGAAGUUGGUUAUUUUCAUCUUUGAUUUUCUAAAUUUAAUUGAAAUGCAAAACAAUGGGAAAUCACUUUACCAAAUUAAAGUGGGAAGAAUGUAAUUUUAAAUAAUCAUCUAUCAGCAUUCUGAUUACUGAUUACAUCAAAUCUGGGGCCGAAAGGACUCUAUUGGGUAGUUCAGAAACAAAACAGCUGGCUCUUUGCACUUCUGGACGUGUGAAGCCAGAAUAGUAGGAGCACUUGUGCAUUUGAAUAAUUACGGGAGUUACAGGAAGCCUUGAUUUGUUCACCAUAGAACAAAACAAAACAGAUAUGUUCAUUACCAAUGAUCAAUCGCAGUCAUUUUAUUAAUCUAUCCCCUUUGUGCAUGCACCAUUUCUCUCUUACUAAGGUUUCAUCUGUUCCCAUUUUCCUUGAUUCAAAUAUUUAAUUAAAGUUCAGACAACUAUUCCUCUGAGUUUUUUUUUUCUUUUUUCUUUUGUCUCUGGUCUUCUUGUAUACCUCCUUGAGAACACUGUAACGGAUGACGCUUCAUUCCAAAGCACUAGUGAUAAAAGUGACUUCUUUGUUCUGGCUUUCUUUAACCUUAUUUUUCAUUUUAAAAAUGAUUCUCCCUUAUGUAAUGAAGUAGGGUCCCUAGGCCAGCAUGAAAAAAAGUAGGUAUAGUUUCCUUUCUGUAAGCAUUUGGGGAAUAGACUGCAGUAACAACAGAGAGCUGAAGGUUUUCUUUUAUGGGGUGCUGAGGGCAGUUUUCUAAAUCUGUGUCAGUGCGGAUGUUACAAGCAUUUCUUCCCAUUGUUUUUAUAAAUGUUUGUCGCACAUAUAAACUUAGCUUUUCAAAUACCUGGUAUAUCUGACAUCUUGCAAUGUUUCUGGCUGACACUGAGAACCACCUUGUCUGGCUAAGUGCCACUUGGGAGACCUACUUUAGGUUAUAUUUACUGGUAAUUAACUCCACAGGACUGAUUCACUUUUAAUUUCGAAGCAGCAAUGAUGUGUCUAAAAAUGCCUUACUAGGGCAAUAGCUGGAGUGUUGCAGUUAUUUCUUUUACAAAUUAAGUUAAUGGAGAUUGUGUUCUUAUUUAAAUGAAACCACAUAUUAUCCACUCAGGAAUAAAAAAAUCCUAAUUGCUUGU